ACAGAGUUUUGGCAACGCCCCGAUCGGAUCGUAGUGUUAACUUUUCUUCAGUCUUAGCCGAGCGGCUCGCUGCAACGAACGUGUUUUUCUGCCUGCAGUGAACCGAAAAAACGAAUUACGAAUUAAGUGAAAAAUCGAAAUCAAGUGAAAAUGCGCUUCAAACUGUUUGUGGUUUGUGCGCUGGCCUGCGGCUUUAUGGCCUAUGUCCUGGCCAACGAGAACAUCUCCACGGAGGAGCUGGAGGACCAGAUCAUCAACUCAGUGCCCGAACCCGUGAAGGAGACCAAACUGAAGGCCCAGGCGGAGUUUGUGGAGGUGGUUCCGAAGGCCACGCCCGACAAAAAAGCGGAGGGGGAAAAACCGAAAACCAAGCCCCUGGCCCUUCAGAAACCCACUCUGAUCCCGGUGGUCCAUGUCACCAGCCGGGGAACAGACGAUAUAUUGACCGUGGCCGGACUGAAGCCCCAGAAAGCCUUCGGAGCUCUCGUGAUGGCCAACGAAUAUUUGGGCGAGCUGUCCGACAUCGACAGCAGUGGCUACAACUGGGAUCCCGACAACAAUGUGGCCCCGCCUUCCACGCCCUCCACUGCGUUGGGGGGAUACACGAUAACUGCGUCCAGGCUGGCCGAGCUCCGGAGCACCUUCAUGUACUGGUACUUCGACAAGGACAUGUACGGAGGCCGCGGCGACUACCAGUUCGACAUCCACGCCUCCAUGACGCAGCUGCACAAGAACCUCAACUUCCAGAUGCCGUUCUACGGGUUCCGCUUCAACUACACCAGGCUCUCCCUCAACGGUUACUUGGAGUUCUCCGACCCGCCGGAGUACCUCACCUAUCCCCUGGUGUUUCCCAUCAAGGACUGGCCGGCCAAGAGGGAUCCCUCCUUCAUGGGCAUCUUCUUCAGCAAGUGCAGGGUGGGUAGGAUCUACCCGUCGGAUAUUGACCAGCGAACGCCCGGCGUCUACUUCCGGGUGGAACGUGAUCUGAUGGGCCGCACGGACCGCUUCGGAGUGGAGGUGCGGGAGCGGACCAUGUGGGACAUCCGCCAGGGAGUCGUGGGCGCCGACACCUUCGUUCCCAAGCACGUGGUGAUCGCCACCUGGAAGAACGUGUCCUUCUCCGGCGGCAUCGACAACUCCCUCUACACGACAAACACGUUCCAAAUGGUCAUCGCCACCGACGAAGUCUACACCUACCUCAUCUUCAACUAUGCAGUUCUCAACUGGCUUUCGCACACUGAGGCCGGAGGAGAUACUACCAAAGGAGAAGGCGGUGUUCCUGCAUAUGUCGGUUUCAAUGCCGGCAACGGCACUCAGGCCUACGAGUACAAGCCCUACAGCCAGAACAUGGUGAUUCGUGACUUGGUCAACCGCGGAUGGGCCAAUGGGUUCCCCGGCCGUCACAUCUUCCGCGUGGACGAGCAGAUUCUAAUUGGCUCCUGCAACAAGGAUAUCGAUGCCGCCCUGCUGCCUUUGACCUUCGCCCCCGAAUCGGGCAACAUGCUGGGUGGCCAGGUGGUCAACAUCACGGGACCCUGCUUCGAUCCCAAUAUCCGGGUGACCUGCCACUUCGACACGGAGUCCGUUCUGGGCACCUACGUGGACCGGAACCGCGUGAUCUGCGUGCAGCCCUACCUGAAGGCGGAGGGCUACAUCCGCUUCCAGAUCUCCGUGGGAACGCAGAGGUUCAAGUGGCGCGGAAAGUACUUCGUGGAGACCCCGGCCGCCGCCACCGAGAAGAUCUUCUUCGCCACCGACGACGUGCACAAGAAGAACCCCAGCGAGAUCCGCAUCACCUGGAACCAGUACAACUUGACCUCGAACACCGCCGCCAACGUGAUGAUCUCGCUCUGGGGCUACAGGGAGACCAAGAUCGAGCCCCAGCUGGAGUACAUUGACGUGAUCGAAGCCUCCUACUCGAAUACCGGCAGCUACGUGAUCACGCCCUCGAAUUACAUAAACCGCAACAACGUGAACCGCGACAUGCAGUUCGGAUUCCUGCAGAUCAACCUCACCCAGCCGGAUCAGUACUCCGGCUUGGCCAUCAGUCCGGUCCUGUGGUCCCGCCCGAUCCCGCUGGCCUGGUACAUGGCUCCCCAGUGGGAGAGGCAGCACGGAAAGCGGUGGGCGAGAGCGCUCUGCGAUAAUUGGAUCCGCGCCGACCGAUUCCUCAGGAACUUUGCUGCUGACCUGCCCCUGUGCCCCUGCACCUUGGACCAGGCCGUCCUGGACAAAGGACGCUUCCGGCCGGAUCGGGAGUGCGACAAGGACUCGAAUCCCAGCUGCCUGAGGCAUCGCGGAGCCAUCCAUUGUGUGGUCAGCGGAACGCCAGUUGCGCAGGGAGCUGAGCAGCAGUGCUGCUACGAUCGUUACGGGUACCUGAUGCUGACCUACGACCAGAUGUGGGGCUCCCGCCCCCGCCGCGUGCACAACCUGGGCAAGAUGCCCUGGAACGAGGCCAGCAAGGUGCCCUCGCUGUCCAUGUGGUUCCACGACAUGCGGCCCUUCUACUCCUGCUGCUUCUGGCAGGAGGAGCAGGCGGUGGGCUGCGAGACCUACCGCUUCGAGCGGCGUCCCUCCCAGGACUGCGUGGCCUACCAGGCGCCGGGCAUCGCGGGCGUCUUCGGCGACCCGCACUUCGUGACCUUCGACGGGCAGGCCUACACCUUCAACGGACUGGGCGAGUUCGUCCUGGCGCGCAGCGUGGAGGAGAGCAACCGCUUCGAGGUGCAGGGUCGGUUCGAGCAGCUGCCCACCAACUACUACGGCGAGGUGAAGGCCACCCAGCUGACGGCGGUGGCCAUGCGGGGCAACACCACCACCACCAUCGAGGUGCGCCUGCGCCCGCUCCACGCCCGCUGGCGCUACCGCCUGGACGUCCUCGCCGACGGACGCAGAGUGUACUUCGACCGAGAGAGCCUCAAGUUCCAGCACUUCGACGGCGUGUCCGUCUACACCCCGACCUACCUGCUCAACCAGUCGCAGGUGGUGGUCCAGUUCGACGCCGGAAUCGGAGUGGAGGUGGUCGAGAACGAGGGCUUCAUGACGGGCCGCGUCUUCCUGCCCUGGAAGUUUAUAAACAAAACAGCCGGACUCUUUGGCAACUGGAGCUUCAACAAGCUGGACGACUUUACGCUGCCCAACGGCCAAGUGGCCCAGCUGAACCUGAACGACCUGCGCAGCAUCCACACCAACUUCGGAAUCAAGUGGAUGCUCACGGACCGCGAGGUUCCCGGAGUGGGAGCCGCGCUCUUCACCCGCGAGUUCGGCCGGAUGUCCAGCUACUAUGCGAACGCCACCUUCCAGCCGAACUACGUGCUCGAUCCCGCGGACUUCCUGCCCGCCAACCGCACCUACGAUCUGGAGAGGGCCGAGGAGCUGUGUGGAGAGUGCAUGCAGUGCCAGUACGAUUACGCCAUGACCCUCAAUCGCGAUUUGGCUCACUUCACCAAGAACUACUACGACACGAUAGUCAACAUGCAAGCUGAAAACGCAGUGCGAGUUGUGUCCUGUGGUGUGUUGCAGACCCCUCGAUUCGGUCGAAAGUUGAGCUUCGACUUUAUGCCAGGCGCAAAGGUGUCCUUCGAGUGUAACGAGGGCUUCAUCCUGGUGGGAGAUCAGCGUCGAGAGUGCUUGGCCAACGGUCUGUGGAACAUUCCCGAGUAUGGAUACACAGAGUGCCUACGUGAGGUGUACUACACGCGUCGGGUCGCUUUCAUUGCAAUUGGCAUUAUCUUCCUGGUGAUCUGCCCACUGAUGCUGUGCAUCGUGUGCGGCGUGUACCGCUACCGCCAGAAGCAGCUCAAGGAGGACCCGCAGUGGCAGAUGCCCAUGCUGCCCCGCUCGCGGGCCAGUUCGGCGCGAAACCUGCGCACUCUGAACUACGACGACGACAGCGACACGGACGCCAGCACGCUGAAGAAAACUAAGAAAUGGGAUCUGGAUGAGAACGACGAGGACGUGACCUCGUCGGAAGGUGAGAAGCCGAAGCAGCUGGGUCGCCGAUCCCUGCACUCCGCCUCGGGCACCGACCUGGACCAGCACGGCUCCCCGGUGGACCCUGACCAGCACCCCGACGAGGACGACGACUUCGACGAGGCGGACGUCCACACGGGCACCACCCACCCCGCCGGCUACCACCAGCCCCUCUCGCCGGAGGAGGCCGACCAGCUGCACCGCCAGCAGUACAGCCCCACCUUCAGCGGGCUCGACAGCCGCACGAGCGGCGCCAGCUCCAUCAACUACACUCCCCAGGCGGCGGCCCAGAACCGCUUCGGCGGAGUGCCCGUGCUGCCCAGCAACACGCAGUACUACAGCAGACCCCCCAGCGUGAACGCCGUGCCCCUGCGCACCGCCCCCGCGCCCCUCACGCAGGACAGCGGCCUGCCCUCGCCGCCCGUGGCCACCUCGCCCACCCCCUCGGUGCAGAAGUCCACGGAGGUCUAGGAUCGCCGCUUCUGCCAUCCGCGAUCCCCAGCUGCAAAGUUCAAAUAGGAGCCGCCCCGAGUAGUUACUAAUUUUAAGCACCCUUCAUUGCCGGAACUCUGACCCCGCCCCUUCCACCUUUCCAUGGUGUUUUAUGUACCACCCCACACUCUAUUGCUGUACUGCUGUCUACCCGCGGCCAUGACCCACAAAUAACAUGUAGAAUAACCUUAUACUUACCUAAUAGUCCAACUCCGUGAAGCGAAUCCUGUACGUUAAGCAUAGUUCGAACGGCAACUUCAUUUGUAUUGCUUCGGCCCAGGUAAACAAUCAUCAUUUUAUACUGAAUAAAGCCAAACACCUGUUUAUAGUUGUUAACUUGUAAA